GAAGUACGAAGAAAAAAACAUCUAACUGGAGCGUCAGAGGCAGUAUCUUAACUGAAGGGGGUAGCGGUGUAUCUCCUAUUAUAAAAACCUAGUUGUGAGCAGACAUUCCCCUCCUUCAUAAAGGGGGGGUCCAGCAGAGCAAAUGUUCAGUUGCGGUUGCAGGUCGGAGCCGCGGAGGAUUUAAGCGGAGGCUCCCGGCAGGUGUGGAAAUGCACGGCGUGGAGUCAGUGCUACAUCAGUGUUAAUGAAACUUCGCCACGAUUCGCGUGAAGGGCUUGAUGUCAGUCAUGUUAAGUUGAAGCAGAGGGAGCCAGUGUUGACCAUGCUAAAGCGACUGGACAAAAUAAGGUUCAGAGGUCAUAAGCGAGAUGAAUUCCUGGACCUGGCCGAGUCUCCCAACGCGUCCGACAGCGAAUGUAACGAUGACACCCAGAUGAGACCUCGGCCCUCUGCCAAAGACGCCGAAGAGCAGCGGGACCCUGCUGGCUCAGGGGUCGCUACGGCGGGUGGCAUGCAGGACUUUCACAGGUCCGAGUCCGACCGGCUCAACGAGGUGAAGGGCCACUUGGAGAUCGCUUUGCUGGAGAAGCACUUCCUGCAGGAGGAGCUCAGAAAGGUCCGUGAAGAGACCAGCAUCGAGACGCUAAAACAGGAGCUGGAGAAGGAGCGGACGAAGCGACUGGAUCUCGAGCAGAAAAUGAACGAGGUCCUUAAGUCCAGAGUCGAGGACUCGCCGCCACGACCUCCACGGAAACCGGUGUCACCUGCCACCAACGGGACGGACAAACAAGGCCGCGAGCUGUACUCCCGACUCUACCAGUGGCUGUAUGACAAGCUGGCCAUCUAUAUAGAGGACUUCCGCUUCCAGCCGGAGGAGAACACCGUGGAAACGGAAGAACCGCUAAGCGCUAAGAGGUUGACUGAAAACAUGAGAAGACUCAAGCGAGGUGCCAGACCCGUCACUAAUUUCCUGAGGAACCUGUCUGCCUUAUCGAACUGGCACUCUGUCUACACGUCAGCGAUCGCCUUCAUCAUGUACAUGAAUGCAGCCUGGCAUGGAUGGGUCAUCCCCAUGUUCCUGUUCCUAGCUAUCUUGAGGUUGUCCUUAAACUACCUCAUCGCAAGAGGCUGGAGGAUCCAGUGGAGUAUCGUGCCUGAAAUCUCGGAGCCGGAGGAACCUACGAAGGAGGACCUGACGGUGUCUGAGAAGUUCCAGUUGGUUCUUGACGUUGCCCAAAAAGCGCAGAACCUCUUUGGCAAGAUGGCUGGCAUCUUGGAGAAGAUAAAGAAUCUCUUCAUGUGGGUGCAGCCGGAAAUGACUAGGAAGCUCUACAUCGCUCUCUGGGUGGCCUUCAUCUCCUCCUGUGUGCUGCCUUUCAAGCUCCUGGGCUUCAUAAUCGCGCUGUAUGCCGGCAUCAAGUUCUUCAUCAUCGAUUUCUUCUUCAAGAGCUGCCCCAAACUGAGGGACAAGUACGACACGCCAUACAUCAUCUGGACCAGCCUGCUCACCGAGCCGCAGCUAAAGGACCGCGCCAGUGCCGCCAUGUCCCGGCGGAUCCAACCUGUGGUAUCUCGCAGCAACCAGAUGACCAACCCCCAGUAUGGCAUCGCUCGUGAUGAAGACGGAGGACGAGCCCAUAGCACCAAAAAGGGGCCCUUUCAUGAAAUCUUCAACCUGCCAGAGAAUGAGCGCCCCCUACCAGUGUGCGAGAACGGCUGGCGUUGCUGUUUGAUUAACAGGGACCGCAAGAUCCCCACUGACUACAUCCGCAACGGGCUCCUCUAUGUCACAGAGAACUACCUGUGUUUCGAGAGCUCCAGCUCGCGGUCCAGCGCUUCCAAGAAGAAUAAAGUCAUCAAGCUCUCCGACAUCACGGACAUACAGAAGUAUAAGGUCCUGUCUGUGCUCCCCGGCUCUGGGAUGGGAAUAUCGAUUGCCACUCCCUCCACUCAGAAGCCCCUGGUGUUUGGAGCCAUGGCUCACAGAGACGAAGCCUUUGAAGCAAUCUUCAUGCAGUACAUGAAAAUCGUCACUGCCAGCAGCCCUGAGACCUAGGGGCUACGGCAGUGGUGCGCCUGAAUACCCGACAUCUCCUCUGUACCCGCUGGGUACAGGAGAAUGGAUGGUGUAUAUGGGGGAGGGUGGGGCAUACACCUUUGUCUCGCUCACCGUGAUUGGUCAGGUGCGUUGGGCCACACCCCGCUCCCUUGGCAGUGAUCAGUAGAGGCGGGGCCUCUUCUGUUCACUGGAGUUUUGUGAUGGGAGGGGCUGGAUCCCCCUCCUGGUGUGUUUUGGUUAGUGUGAUUGGAGCUUGGAAAAUGUGUGUCCGUUUUACAGGGCUGAGCGAAAUCCAGUCCACCCUCCACAGGUUACAUUCUGGCCAUGUGCAUCCUAUAAUAUGAGGUGCCAGGGGUCCAAACCAAACAAUGGCCCUUAGACAGUGCUGCGGGGCCUAGGCGGGGGGAAUGGGGCAUGGACACCAGCCUCCAAACGUCCUCACAAAAUACAGCUCCUCUAAUUCCAGUCCUUGUUGUAAUUACCUCCCCCCCAUGUGCCUCCCCCAUCCCCAGUGAUCCACCAUCAAUUGAAUGUUUGGUGUAAAAGCACAGAGUCUGCGAAGUGUCACAGCACAGUUCCCUGCAUAACGUGUUACUGCAGAGAUCGUUACCUGUACAUAAUCAGAGAUGAUUUACCUUCGACAUGAAGCAAUCGAUUCUUAACCUGCUAACUUUGGCUUCUGUUAAUUUUAUUGGUUAGCUGUUAAAUUUAUUCACCUAGCAGGUAAUCUGAGCAUUUGGCGAAUUGGGCUCAUGUGUUUGUUACCAAAACCCAUGAAGUGAUAUUUUCCGGUGGAUGAUAUUUGGAAGCUUCUUAGCACUGCAGGAUAAAAAGGCCGCAGUGAGGAUCCAGGCAGAACAGAACUGCCCCAGUUAGCGAGUGACAAUAGCGGGAAAACACCCUCGGAUCACUGGAUCCUGCAGUGUUAGUUGGGGUGAUCCUGCUUGGCCUGCGCUGAGUGGCACCGUAAACAUAAACAGCGAGUCCUUCCUUUGCCCAUCGGAAGAAGCUCGCACUACAUUCCGCGAUUCCCAUUCUGUGUGAAAGCUGGACUUUUUCUUCACAGAAAGGGUUUUAAAACGAGAAAAAAAAAACUCAAUGCCAAACCAUCCCUCGACUGACAAUCUUAAAUGGUAGCAUGGUAGCAUCAUACCAGAUGGUCUAUCGUUUACCCACAAUUUGUCUUGUGAUAUAGGCUGAUGGCUAUCCAGGCCACGUGGAGCGUGUUGGUAUCUGAUGUGAUGUAAUGGCCGAGUCUUCAUGAGCGAAAUCUGCCCUAAGCUCCUGGUUGCCCGGCUCAGCCUCGUUGGUGUAAAGCCCACGAAGCCACGACAAGCUCUCUCGCCAUGAAGGAUUUUAAAUAGCCGUCUUUUCUAAGAAUAGCCUGACACUGGGGUUUCCAUUAAAAUGUGCAUCAGGGUAAAGUUUGCACUCUAGAUUAAGAAACAAAUCACACCUUGAAGGAGCAUAUGUGUGCGUGUUUGUGUGUAUAUACUUAUUUUUUUCCCCCGAGGUCUCUUAAGUGAUCCCACUAACUGAAAUCGUACCUGGCUUCUAUGUAGAAACAAUUACAGUAAAAGCCCAGGCUUACGACGUAAAAUAUAGUUUUGCCAAACA